UAAUAUAAUAAUUUAGUUAUCAAUUAAUAGUAUGAAUUCUUGAAAUCGACUGUCGUAAGUAUCAUAACAAUUGCAUUUUACAUUUUACCAUACCGGUAAUGCACGAGCUAGGACGUUGGUUUUAUUGUCCUGCAUAUGGGUACAUUUUUCAGCAUUUGUGGGCAUUUCAAGAAACCUUGACACGAUGUGGUCGAAAACCGUCACUUUUUCCGUUUACCUGUGGCUGCUGGCCGUCGCAGAUUUUCAAUUAGCGUUCGCAGCCCAAGAGGCCACGCAUGAAGACAUCAGAACGGCAAUAUAUUCAUUCGCGCACUCGUUGCGCGAUAAUGUGGACAAAUUGGAGCGACACGAACGGCGCGAGAAACAAUCGGGUGAUCAAAUGCAAAACAUGCUGUUGACGAUCGUGAACAAGCAGAGGGAUCAGUUCGUAGAAGACAAGGAACUCGAGACGGCCAUCAAAAGAUUGGAAGAUAGUAUGAGGGCAUUGACAAGAGCAGAAACAGAAGAGACUGCCGAUAGGGACAACACGAAUCUUAUGUUGGAGAAAUUGGACAAGCUUAUCGUUUCCGGUGAGGCUGAGGUCAAGUCUAUGUUGAAAGAGGAACAGAAGUCCACUAACCAACUGUACCAGGCCUUCGACAAUAAGUUGACCACUAUGUCAGAACAAAUCAGUGCGUUACAGUCCCGAUUUGAUUCUCUGGAACAGGCUCCGAAGUCCAACGUGACGAACGACGUCAUCUUUGAACUUCUGAACAAAAUUAUCGACCAGAGCUCCCAUAACAAAGACACGGUGUCGGAGCCCGCAAACGCCACAUCUCAGCUGGUGCAAGAGACCAGACACGUGGUCAUGGAGGCGGUCAAGGCGUUGUCGGACCGGAUGGACGACGGCGAGCGGAAGCGCGCGGUGUCGGACGCCAAGCUGACGGAAGUGGCCGAGUCGGCCACCGCGUUCCACGACGACGUGCAGAACAGCUUCCGGUUGAUGUCGAACGAGGUGAAGACACUGUCGGACGUGGAGAAAGUGCUGGUGCAGACGGCGGACAACGUUCUGGACACGAAGCGGAGGAUCGAGUACGGCACGCACCAAAUACUGAUGGAAGUGACCGCGGUGAUCAACGACCGGUCGAAGGAGCUGAACGACUCGGUGAACGCCGGCUUAGAACGGGUUUUGAAGACAGUGCUGGAUGCGCAGUCCGUGGGCAUGGCCAACCUGAGUGUGAAGAUCGAAACGGAAAUCAGCCAGGUGUGGAGGCAGAUCGGAAUCAUGUACCAGACGCUCACCGACUCGGCUUCCACGCUGGCCACGCUCCAGCAGCAAACGGACAUGUUCGUCAACAGCACGGCCACGUCGGUGGAUGGCAUGAACGGAAAGGUGUCAGCAAUCGCAGGCCGCAUGACCGAGGUGGACGAGAACCUCAACUACCUGCUUGGACGGUUGUCGCUAGUCACGCAGGAGUUCAAGGAGAUCAAAGUCGGGCUGGGUGAAGCACUGGAGAGCAUCAGGGUCGGGCUGCAGGCGGUUCAAGGCAAUAAAGCGACAGUGGACCUGGGCCCCGGCCCAAACCCCAUCGACGAAGAACCCUUGUCGGAAAACCUCAACGAGAACAUACUGUCGAAAACCGUUUACACGGUGACUUAAACAAUUAGGAAAUUAUUAUUAUUAUAACAUUAUAAUUAUUAUUUCAUUUUCAUUUUUUUUCUUAUACAAUACUAUCGGUACGUCCAGCAAAAAUUAUUACUUUGUCUUUAUUGCAAUGAUUAGAAAUAGAAAAACCUUUAAAAUGUUACAACAUUUAUUUAUAACAAAAAGAUAUGCAUAUAUAAUUAUAUUUACUUCGUUUUGCUUUGAUGAUCUGGAGUUGGCGAUUAAAAGUUAUAGGUAAUUAUUUAGUUUAUUUUAGAUUAUCGUAAAUUGUAAUGAUUUUUUGUUAAGCUAUAACGUAGGAUACGGUGACGACCGGAUAAAUAUAAGUAUUAAUAGUGCACCGAAUAAUGGAGAAAAAUCUACUCAAAAUUAUACUAAGCCUUCCUAUAGUAAUAUGUAGUAAUGAUAUAACUUUUAUAGAAGGAAUCAUUUUUACUAAUAUUAUAAAAGUUAGGUAGACUUAAUAAUUUUUUGUACAAAUUAAGAAUUUCGUUUUCAAGUUUCGACAUUUAUACAUGAUGUAUGUAUUCCAAAAAUACAAAUUAAAAUGUAACAAAGUUGAUAGCUAUAAUGUUUUUAAUUAUUAUAAUGUUUAUAUUUAAUAUAUAAAAAUAUUAUUGUA